UCUUGCCCUUGUUUGCUCUACAAUGGCUCCCCUUUUGUUCUUCCCUUUCAUGCUAUCCAUCGUUUCAAUCUCCGUUGUUUCUCAAUCUGCGAAUAAUCAUCAACAACUACAAUUGCUGUUGCAAUUCAAAGCAGCCAUUACUGAUAACAAUUCUUUGCUGCCAAACUGGUCUUCCCUUCACCCACUCUGCAAUUGGACCGGCCUUACUUGCGAUCCCUCAUCUCACUCACUCCUUGCCCUUAAUUUAUCCCACAUGAAUUUAGACGGCACGAUUUCUCCUGUCCUAGGCAACCUCUCCUCUCUUCAAUCCAUCGAUCUCUCCCAAAAUGCCCUAACAUCUACCAUUCCAUCUCAACUCAGUCAGCUGCCCCAUCUGCAAAUACUCUGGUUGUACGACAAUCAAUUGCAAGGAACCAUUCCGCCUGAGCUGAGUCUCCUUGCAAGUUUGAAGGUCCUUUAUUUGGCAGCAAACAAUCUCACCGGUACCAUUCCCCUUUCUUUCAAAAAUCUGUCCUCUUUAGUCGAAUUGGAUUUUCGACGAAAUGAUCUCACAGGUACCAUUUCCCCCGAAUUGGGAGCCCUGACAAAACUGCAGGUACUCCAACUUCAGUACAAUCAAUUGCAAGGAACCAUUCCGCCUGCUCUGUCCGCUUGCCGUAGCUUGUAUGACCUGAGACUCUCCUUUAACCAACUGCACGGUACCAUUCCACCUCAGCUGAGUCUCCUCGCAAGAUUGAAGAUCCUUUAUUUGGGAUCAAACAAACUCUCCGGUAACAUUCCCUAUUCUUUCAAAAACCUAUCCUCUUUAGUUGAAUUGGAUUUGGGACAAAAUGCUCUCACAGGUACCAUUACCCCUGACUUGGGCAUGCUCACUCACCUCCAAGUUCUAAUCCUUCAAGACAAUAAAUUAUCAGGCAGCAUUCCCGGCUCUUUAACAAACCUCUCAAAAUUGAGUGAUUUAGUGUUAGAUCGAAAUCAGCUGACUGGACAUAUUCCAUGGGACAUCGGUGCCAAACUCUCCAAUUUGCAAUACCUUAGUUUAUGGGGAAAUCAGCUUAGUGGAAACAUACCGAACUCCCUUGGAAAUUGUUCCCAUCUGAUAAUACUUUAUUUAGAUACAAACCAGCUUAGUGGAACGGUUCCAAUGGAGCUAAGUAGGUUGAAACCUCUGAAUAAGCUCCACCUACAUCGCAAUCAACUUGUUAGUAACAAUAGUAACACAUUGGCCUUUCUCACUGCUCUCACAAACUGCUCCUUAUUGGAAGAAUUAGUAGUGUCUCAUAAUUAUUUUACUGGUAUAUUGCCGCCAUCCAUAGGUCAACUGUCUUCCAAUCUUCAUUUGUUGAAAUUAUCAAACAACAUGAUAAGUGGAAGCAUACCACAACAGAUUGCCAAUCUAACAAACUUAACCUACUUAGAUUUAGGCAGUAAUCUUUUUAGCGGCAAUAUUCCAUCUGGAAUUAAAAGCUUCAGCAAGUUGGAAAGAAUGUAUUUAAACGGGAACAAAUUAAAAGGAAGCAUUCCAACUGAGAUAGGUGAAAUGGAACAUCUCGGACUCUUAAAUCUUAGUCACAACCAGUUAUCUGGAAAAAUACCCGAUUCACUUGGUAGCCUCCAAGAGCUAAGGCGUCUUCAUCUUGAUCACAACAAGUUAUCAGGAGAGAUCCCUCUUAGUUUAGAGGGAUGUCAAAAGAUGGAGCUCCUUGACUUGUCUUACAAUGAACUAGGGUCAAGGAUACCUCGUCAAGUAAUUGCCAGCCUUAAAAACCUGCAAUUCUACCUCAAUCUUUCAUGGAAUUUUCUGGAAGGGUCCCUCCCACAGGAGAUUGGUAAAAUAGUAAUGGCUCAAGCCCUAGAUAUCUCUGGAAAUCGACUUACUGGGGUGAUUCCAAAUUCUCUAGGAGACUGCACAGCAUUAGAGCAUCUAAAUCUGUCGCACAAUACAUUUCAAGGUCCAAUACCAGAUUCACUCUCCAAAUUACAAAAUCUCCAAGAAAUGGAUCUUUCUGCCAAUUUUUUAUCAGGUCAAAUACCAAUAUCCCUUGCAAGACUAAAAGAACUGCGCUUCAUGAAUGUUUCUUUCAAUAAUUUGUCAGGGCAGAUUCCAAAAGGAGGGUUGUUUCCAAAUAGAACUGUUAUAAUAUUGUUUAUGGGAAACCUUGGCCUAUGUGGCCCAGCAAAAUAUGCAUUGACUCCAUGCCCAAAUCAAACCCAAGUAGAGCGUUCACUGCUAAAAAAAAUUGUCUUAUCGGUUGUUGGAACCAUUGCAUUUAUUGUAUGCUCUUUAAGUAUAGGAGUGGUAUGGAGGCAUAAACAUUCAAGAAAAUUAUUUCGUCCCUCAAACCUUAUUUUUCAAAUGCUCAACUAUCCAAAAUUUUCUUAUCAGGAUCUUAUAAUUGCAACAUCUGGAUUUGAUGAAUCAAAUCUGCUUGGAGUUGGUAACUUUGGAUCAGUCUACCAAGGCAUUUUAAAGGAUGGUCAGAUAGUUGCCAUCAAGGUUCUUAAUUUGCAAAAUGAAGAAGCUGAUAAGAGUUUUAACACUGAAUGCAAAAUGUUAGGGAGGAUUCGGCACCGUAAUCUCAUCAGAGUCAUAAGUGCAUUUUCCUACCCUGGCUUCAAAGGUUUGGUUCUUCAAUUUGCAUCUAAUGGAAGCUUGGAGAAACAUUUGCACCCUGACAGAGAUGAUCAAGACUUUUUGGAAUUGGGACUGAGUGACUGUUUGAGGAUAGCUAUAGAUGUAGCCCAUGGCAUGGAAUAUUUACAUCAUGAUUGUCCUUUGCAACUUGUGCACUGUGAUUUAAAACCUAGCAAUGUCCUCUUGGAUGCCAACAUGACAGCCCUUGUGACUGAUUUCGGUAUAGCCCGCUUAGUUACUACAAACUCCAUAGAUUCACUGAGUACAACAACAUUUGCACUCAGAGGAUCUAUUGGCUAUAUUGCUCCAGAGUAUGGAUUGGGCGGGAAUGUUUCUAUAAAGGGUGAUGUUUAUAGUUAUGGAAUUCUGAUAUUAGAGAUAGUUACAAGGAAAAGACCAAGUGAUGACAUGUUUGUGGGAAACAUGAACUUGCAAACCUGGGUGAGGUCAGCUUUUCCAAACAGACUGGCAGAUAUUGUUGACAGCAGGCUAUUGAGAGAUGUGAAUGAAAACAUGGAAGACAAUAGAUGCCUUCUUUCAUUCAUUAAACUUGGUUUGCUUUGUACUAGUGAAUCACCAAGGGAACGACCUUCGCUAAGAGAUGUAGCCAAGGCCUUGGAGAGCCUUAAGACAUCUAUAAUGGGAGGUGCACCUGCUUCCAAUUUAACAUCUACUAUAUCAGACCUCCUGCGCAACACCAAUCCCACAAACAAUUUGGCCUCUGAGAGUCAAAGUUCUACAUUUUAGAUGUUUAUAAAUUCCAUUAAGAAAUUCUUGUCCUUUUGUGUUUGUCUUCCAUCAUAGUUUAGUCUUCUUUCAUGUAAAAUUCUCAUUAGGUUAAUUUCUAGCUCUUUGAGCUUGUAAGCUCCAAUUCAUGUGUAUGUUUAUUCUAGCUUGAGAAAGUAUAUUGUUGUUAUAUACAAACUUAUUGAAAUGCUGAAAAAUGUUUAACAUGUUGCCUUAUUUAUGGCAAUACCCUUCAUA